CACCCGUUGGCCAUGUGUUUGUCGUUACUUGUUACUUGAUGGUCUGCGUCUACGUUUAUACAACACUUUCUUGUGUGAAGUCAAGAAUGUGUUACAACACGUACGGAAUUUAAACUUUUCAACAAUACAGUGAAAACAGUAAUAUUCUCGAGCGAUGGACAGCCCAUUAAUUUACAAUCUAAGCUGUGGAAAAUCAUUGCCAGAAUGGCUUUCCGAAAGAAAAAGACGAACAUUAUUAAAAAAAAAUCCUGAAUUGAAAAGGCGAAUUGAAUUAUUGCAAGACUUUGAUAUGCCUGGUCUUAGUACAACAGUAAAAGUAACACCAGAUGGACAAUACAUAUUGGCUACCGGUAUUUAUAAGCCCAGGAUUAAGUGUUAUGAUGUCAAUAAUUUAGCCAUGAAAUUUGAAAGAUGUUUUGAUUCUGAAGCUGUUACUUUUGAAAUACUCUCAAAUGAUUAUAGCAAAUUUGUGAUCUUACAAUGUGACCGUUAUGUUGAAUUCCAUUCUCAAGAAGGGCGCUAUUAUAGAUUACGCAUUCCAAAAUUCGGCCAAGAUAUGAAAUAUCAUUAUCCAACAUGUGAUUUAUAUAUUGGAGGAAAUAGUUCAGAUAUUUAUAGAUUAAAUUUAGAUAGAGGGCAGUUUUUGAAUCCAUUUGUAUCUAGUGCUGGUGAUGAAAUUAACAAAUUAGCUAUAAACCCUGUACAUAAUAUGCUUUUAUCUGGCACUAAGGAAGGAAAAGUUGAAGCAUGGGAUCCUAGAGCUCAUGUCAGUAUUGGAGUUCUAGAUUGUGCUCUAAGCUCAGUUACAAAUGACACAAAUAUUGCUACUGACGGAUUUCCAUCUAUAACUGCACUGGCAUUUGAAAAUGCUUUAACAUUAGGUGUUGGUACAGCCACAGGCCAAAUACUUUUAUAUGACUUGCGUUCUAAUAAACCAUUUAGGGUUAAAGAUCAUUUGUUUGGAUUACCUAUUAGAGAUAUUGCAUUCCAAGAUGAAAACGUAUUAUCUAUGGACUCAUCUUCGGUAAAAAUAUGGAAUAAGAAUACUGGUAAAUUAUUUGCUGCUCUUGAAUCUGGUAAUGAUACACAAUUUAAUAACCUCUGUGUUAUUCCACAAACUGGAAUGAUGUUCAUUGCUAAUGAAAACACAAAAAUUCAAACACACUACAUACCGAGCUUAGGACCAGCUCCGAGAUGGUGUGGAUUUUUGGAUGCAUUAGUUGAGGAGUUAGAGGAAACUAAAAAAGAAACAGUCUAUGAUGAUUAUAAAUUUGUUACUCGGAAUGAAUUAGAAGAACUUGGUUUAUCACAUUUAAUAGGAACAAACCUGUUAAAAGCAUAUAUGCAUGGAUAUUUUGUGGACAUCAGACUGUACAGAAAAGCUAAAUCUGUCGCAGAACCAUUUGCUUAUGAAGAAUAUCGUAGGAAAAAGAUAAGAGAAAAAAUUGAAUCAGAAAGAACUAAUCGUGUCCAAGUUCAAAAAUUACCUGCUGUUAAUAAAGAACUUGCUUUGAAAUUAAUUAAUGAUGAAAAAGAAGGAAAGAAAAAUAAUAAAUCCAAAGAUAGCUUAUUAAAAGAUGAUCGGUUUAAAGCGCUGUUUGAAAACCCAUCUUUCCAAGUUGAUACUAAUGCUGAAGAAUACAAGUUAUUGAAUCCAGUUUUGAAACGAUUAGAUAAAUCGAAGCAAAAGGAACUUGAAUCACAGAUUCAAAAACAAUUCGAUCCAGUUGAAGAUGAAAUUGAAGGAAAACCUAGUUCGGAAGAAAGUAGUGAUGAAUAUAGUUCAGAUGAUGACCAAAAAUGGGCUAAAGAAUUAAAGUCUGAAUAUAGAUCAGCUAAAAGAAGAAGAAUAGCAACUGAACGUGAGGAACGUAAUAAAUCAGAAAAAGACAGUAACGAUGACAAUGAUAGUGAUGAUAAUGAUUUAAGUGUACAAAGUGAACGAGCAAUCAAACCACCAAAAUUCUAUGAAAUUAAAGAAGGAGAAGAAUUUGUUGGAUCCAAUAGUAAUAGAUCAAAUUCUAUUCAAAAUUCUAGUGCAACAUUGGGUGAAAGAAUAAAUUCAGAACAUUUCAAUUCAGUCAAAAUGCUGUCUAGUGGUAAUCGGCAGUUCACAUUUUCAACACAAAAGGAAAAGAAAUAUAAGAAAGCUGACAUAGAAGCAGAAAAGCACAAAAAAGAAAGGCUAAGUGUAAUCAGAAAAGGUCCUAAGAACUUACGUAAACCUAAGUUUUAUGCGGGUCCUAAAAGUAAAACUUUUAAUAAAAAACGAAAAUAAUUUCCUUUUUGCGAUAAAUAUACUAAAUAAAUAAAUAGACAUCAUAA